CUUUUUUUUGUUUAAUAGACUUGACCUCAAGGAAAAAGCUUCGUCCUUUCGCAAACCCAGGGAAGGGGAAGGUGAAUAAGCCCUUCCCUUCUUCUUCAACAAGAUUCAUCAUUUCCUUCCUUUCUCCUCCAUAGCCAUAACCACACAGAGAUACAGAGAAGAUGAAGCACUACAGUCACGGAAUUGAUGGUUUACGAAGCGGUCUUUCACCAUCCGCUAAACCUUUCGCAAUCGGUUCUUCUUCUUCUCCUUCCUUCUCUCUCAAAUCUGAACACGAAGAUUCUAUCUGGGGUGAUUAUACUUUAGACCUUUCCUUUUUAUCCUCUGAUGAUCAGAGAAGUGGUCUUGAUGAUGAUGAUUCGUUAUCUAACUUGUCUCGCGAUGUGGAGACUAAAAAAGAAGGAUUGGUUUUGGAGGAGAAGAUAGCUAGUUCUGGAAAGGUUUUGGUAAACCCUAAUCCAAUUUUCUCGAAAUUGCCUGAGGUACUGAUUAAGCCCUCAAAUGUUGCUGGUGAUGCAAAGUUGGGUCUGUCCUGUGUCUCUGAGAAAUCGUCUACAGAGUCUGAUGAAGAUGAUUCUGAGGAAGAUUCUCCUUGUUGGAUAGGAAUGCAUUCUCACAAGAGUCUGGCUUCAGGUGCUAAAGCUGUGGCUUCGAGGCGUUCGACUGAUGAUCUUAGUGGGUUUCAUAGAUUGAAUCCUUUGGCACCUCAGUUUAUACCAUCUAAUUCUAAGAAGAAAGUUGAAACGGAUGGGGAAAAAUGUGAAGAGAAUAGUUCUUCGUCUUUGAAGAAGUCUCUGUCUUCAACUUUUCCGUCGUCGUCUGGAGAGUUCGAUUUAACUGACCCUCCUCCUGAAGAUGGAAGAAAUGAUGCAGCAAAACUGACAAGCAUAUUGACCCACAAUGCAGAUAAAAUUUUCGGUUUUGUAUCUAGUGAUAGCGGUUCCAAGACCCUGAGCAUUUUGGAUUCUAGAAAUGAAUUCCAACCAUCGAAAAGGUUGGAUCCUUUAGCCCCUGUUUUUGUUCCCUCUAGUGCAAAACUAAGUCCUUCUGUCCAUGAGAAGCAAGGAGCGUUUGAGGCAAAUGCACAUCCAACUUCUGCUCUUACUUCUUCAGAUGAUAAGUCACUAAAUAAGGUCAAGGUAGCGACAUCUUCUGGAGAAGUUGGCCAUAGUUUUAAGAGUCGAUAUGGUGGUCAUGAUUUGAGUUCGACAUCUUCAUACAAUCCUUGGAUUGAAUCCAACGUUGGGAUUACUGAGUAUGCUAAACUAGGAAGCUCCAGCAACAAAUCUCAAGGUCAGCGGAGAUUGAAUCCAUUGGCCAGUCAGUUCUCUCUUGCAGAUACUAAACCGAAAGCAUAUGACUACGAGAAAAACCAAACUGCAGAUGAUUUAUCGCUAGUGGUGAAUACAACCGGUUUAUACAUUCCAGCUCGUUAUAGGGAGGACCAUAAUGUUGUAGAUGCAGACUUAGCACAAUCCUCAGUGUAUGUGGAACGUUUCAUUCCCAACAUGUCACAUGGCAGUUCUUCACUUAUGUCUCCAAAGGCAGACAGUAACAUUGGGUCUACUAAGUGGUUUGCAGUGGAGCCAAAUCCUACAUUUUCAGUAAAGGGUAAUAGAGAUCUUAAGCAUCCUCUUCCAUUUCAUGUUGUAGAUACUGCAGCGAGUUCAUCUACAAGUGAUAUGAAAGCUUUACCUGGCCCAUCUCCAAAAAUGGAUGUGAAGAAACUACUUACAACGAUGCAUGGACUGUCAGAGUUACUAACACUUGCACAUGGUUCAGAAUCUUCAGAUUCACCGAAUGUGGAAGAGCUUGAUCUCAUUAACAGUACUGUACAGAAUCUCAACUUGUACAUCCAAAACAACACUCAGGCUGGGAAUCAAAGCGUUGCACAAUGCAAUUCAUAUGAUCUAAAGCUGUUACCUAACAAGAGUAAGCUAUCGAUUAGAGACACUCAUCAGCUUCCAACGGCAAACAAUAUGACUGUCGACCUUGAUGUGAAAAGGAAGGAUAAGUACUCUGUAGUUUCAAGGGAGACGAUCCCAGGUUAUCGUUCGUAUCAAUAUGGUGCGACCAAAGAUAACGGCUUUGGUCAGGUUGUGCCUACAAAUGGUUACCAACAGAAUCAUCAAGGGGAGGAGCAGAUUAACCAAAAUGCACUGUUCUAUAAAAGCUUAUGGCUCAAGGCUGAAGCAGACAGGUGUUUGAUGGUCUACGAGACUUCUCUUUCGAAUCCAUAUCCUUGAAGAUAUUAGAAAGGUUGGCAUGUAAAAUAUCAAAGAACAGCCUCAAGAUCUCCAAUUUCUGGAUGGAGACUUUUAAGGCAUAAAAAUCAUUUUCCGAAGAAGUGGCUGACACAUGACUAAUUGUGCUGAAAGAUGAAGUUGGUGCUCCCUUUUUAGAAGUUACCUUUUAUUUUACUUAUGGUCAAUUGGUCAUGUCGAUUCAAGAGAAAUGAACUGAUACUAUUUUGAAUCACUACUGAAUAAAUUGGUCUUUUUUUCUUAUCAGAACCUGGGAACUGUUUGGAGGUGGAUCCUUUUGAUUGCUGAAGAUUGUAAUAUUUUCUUGUUCUGGUCCUGAAUCUUUGAUUAUGAGAUGUAUAAACAAACCACUGUUACUCUUUUCUUUACUACUAUGUCAUCACGCUUUUUGUUAUAUAGUACCUUUUAUCUAA